GUCUGGAAGAUAAUACCAGAAGCAGUGCAAUGGAAUCAGAGAGCAGAAGGAUCGCAGACACCAUAGACUCAUUCUCGGCGACAUCUCGAUGGUACAGAACAGCGGUUACAUGAACGUGAUUACAGGCGUCAGGAGUUCAGAUGGGAGUUUGAAGACUGACGGUUUAAAUGAGGCAUAGGUUCCAGAAGAAAAGGUUUCCGACGCACUUGCAACUGAGACGGCACCUAUGUUCGCCAAUCGCAUCAAUGACGAACUGUUUGUGCUGUAUGAACCAUCGUAUGGACCUUACGACAUGGAGAUAAUAUUUGUGCACGACCUAUAUACUGAAGGCUCUGAAGAUGCCUGGAAAACCACAUGGACCAACGACGAUGGCACAUGCUGGCCGAGAGAAUUCUUGGGAAAAAAGUUCCCAAGAGCUCGUAUAUUAUCGGUGUCUUAUGAUGCUUGUGUGAUUACGAAUAGUACCCAGGGCCGAAUGAAUUCCUUGUUCACCAUUGCAGAAAAUCUAAUGGUCAACUUUUUCCUUCCAAGAAGCAAGGUUGGGUUGACAUCCAACUGCCCAGUUUUGUUCGUCGGACAUGGUCUGGGAUGCUUCGUCAUUAAGAAUCUCAUGCUCAAAGCGAGUGAACAAUUUGCGGAGAACGAAGAGAAAAGGAGGAAAUUUUUGGAAAACGUAGGUGGCUUUGUGUUCUAUUCUCCUUUCAACUCCGGAGUCAAAUGGGACCUGUAUGCCAAUGAGUCUGGUCAAAGUAAUACACUGACGGACUGCUUAAGACCACACAGCGCAGAACUCAGUCGACUCAAUGAAGCUUUCGCAAGCCUUCGACGCCGUAUGCAGGAGAGGCGGAACUCAAGGAACUUGUGGACGGUCUUGACAAUCUGCGAGUCACAUGAAACAGCAUCAAGCAGCCGUGGCCGCUCGCAAAGAUCAGGAACCUUUGUUACAGAGGCAACGGCCAGAUUCGAUUGCGAACAAUUCCGAUUUGGAGUUGGUGACCAUUUCGGAGUCUGCAAACAUCAGUCAACAGGAGACGUUGGAUAUCAAUGCGUCGAAAAUUGGCUGGAUUCUAUCCUGAAGAGUCAAAGAAAGCCUAGACCCUACUCCAUGCCCAAAUUUGAUGGGACAGAUGAUGAAAACGUUUUGAAGGCAUUUUAUCCCCAAUUUGAUGGGACAGAUAAUGAAAACGUUUUGAAGGCAAUUUCUCCCCAAUUUGAUGGGACAGAUCAUGAAAACUUGUUGAAGGCAUUUCUUCCCCGCGAGCCGUUCAUGGACCCUUCUCCUGACAAACUCCCUUCCUACAAUUCCGGAGAACUCGUUCUCAAGUUUUUGUCAGACAUUCAUACAGGACAGGACUAUGAAGCAGCCCUUCUAAAGUUUACUUCAGACAUGGAUUCACUAAAAGAACAGGCGUAUGAAGCAGCGUAUGAAGCAGCCGUUCUAAAGUUUUGUCCACUUCUAAAGUUUAGUUCACACAUUGAUUCACUAGAAGAACAGGCGUAUGAAGCAGCCGUGAAAUCGGCCAUUCCGCUGACCGAUUUCAACGUGGACACACCACGAUUUGGGUGACACAGGACUACUAUACAAGGCGCACACCCCUCCAGCAAGCACAGAAUGUGAACCCAAUAACGACUUUCCUUGUCAUCCAGGGAGAAGCUAUCAUGGUCGAGGGCCAUUGCUAUGCUUGUAAUGUUGUACCAAUCGCUUUGUUUAAGAUUCGUGGGAUGAGGCUAGGGUGUCAAAUUGUCUAGGAAUGAUGUAAAUAUAUCCUGCUGUGAAAUGCAGGUGCGAGUCAGAGGGUAGUGUUUUGAAGAACUAGCCGGUCGCAUGUAUCGAUGGCAAUAAAAAUAAAUCUAUCUUUAUACAGCUAUACAGCUGGUUCUGAUCUGGGUGAGACACACGUGUUUAUGACCAAGAAC